UCACAUUCCUAGAAACUCACCCAGACCUCUACCCUCUGACACCAUGGUCAGCUCCUGUUGUGGCUCUGUCUGCUCUGACCAGAGCUGUGGCCGAAGUCUCUGCCUGGAGACCUGCUGCCAGCCCAGCUGCUGCCAGACCACCUGCUGCAGGACCACCUGCUGCCGCCCCAGCUGUGGUGUGUCCAGCUGCUGCCGGCCGGUCUGCUGCCAGCCCACCUGCCCUCGUCCCACCUGCUACAUCUCUAGCUGCUGCCGCCCCUCCUGCUGUGUUUCCAGCUGUGGUUCCAGCUGCUGCAGGCCUACUUGCUGCAUCUCCAGCUGCUGCAGGCCCCAGUGCUGCCAGCCUGUCUGCUGCCAGCCCACCUGCCCUCGCCCCACCUGCUGCAUCUCUAGCUGCUACCGCCCCUCCUGCUGUGGGUCCAGCUGUGGUUCCAGCUGCUGCAGGCCUACCUGCUGCAUCUCCAGCUGCUGCAGGCCCCGCUGUUGCCAGUCUGUGUGCUGCCAGCCCACCUGUUCCCGCAUCUCCAGCUGCUGCCGCCCGAGCUGCUACCUGCGCCCAGUGUGUGGCCGGGUCUCCUGCCACACCACUUGCUAUCGGCCCACCUGUGUCAUCUCCACCUGCCCCCGCCCUGUGUGCUAUCCCUCCUCUUGCUGCUGAAUCUCUGCUUUGAACACACUGCUUCCUCAUUCCCUCCCUCCCCACAGUUGCAGAGCUUCUUUUUAAAAUGGGGAGGGUUCAAGAGAACCGGUCCAUUGAAUUUCAUAAGCAAACACCAGACACACUGAGCCCUCAAUCUAACUUCUCUCCAAACUCCCUCUCUUCUAAAUGAAAUCACUCAGAAUCUACCCAAAAAUUACAAUCUCCCAACACUCUUCCCUACUUCUUCAGGACAUCGGUUUUUCAUGCUUAAGGAAUUUGUCUCCAUCACUAGUGAGACCACUUGAUUUUUAUCUCUCUGAUAUGGAAAUCCAAUGAAGAUUUCUUUGGCUGUACUCUUUGGUAAAGAUUUUGUUAUGUCUCGUUAUUUCCAUGAACCUAAAUAAACGUCUUCCUACUGGCACUGAAAAUUGAA